GCGAGAGCCGGCCGCCGGGUCAGGCGCCGCCCGCCCAGCCGCUGCCGCCCGAGGUCACGCUGCAGCACAUCAGGGACGCCGCGGAGGCACUGCUGACCUCGCCGGCCGAUGCCGACGACAGCCGCCUGCUGCUGAGCCGGGUGCACCAGUUGGAGGCGCUGCUCUCCGAGCUGACGGCGCAGAGCGAUCAGAUGGUCGCCGAGUGCAACCGCGAGGUGGAUGACAUCAAGCAGCAGAUGGCGGCCGCCGACAAGCAGCUGCGCGCUGGCCGCGCCUUCCUGGACGAGCUGACGGCCGAGCGCGAGGCCGAGCGAGACGAGUUCGGCCGCGAGCAGGCGCGCCUCGUCCAGCUGGUGGCCGAGCGCGAGCGCGAGCGGGACGAGCAGGCCAUCCGGCGUCGCCAGCUGGAGAGCGUGGAGGUGCAAAACAGCGAGCUGCUGUCGGCCGCCCAGGAGUCGGAGCACGAGCGGGCCGGGCUGCGCGACGAGCUGAAGGCGGCCGUCGACAAGAUAUACGACCUACGGGACAUCAUCCGUUCGCUGGAGUCUCACCUGGACGAGCUGGGCCAGUCCGGCGAGCAGGCCGGACUGGAUCGGCUGCGGGCAGAGCUGCUCCGACUGACGGCCGCCAACGGACAGCUGCAGAAACAGCUGGCUAGCUGCAGCUGCUCGGCUGCUGCGCGGCCGGGACAGCCGUCGGCGGCCGGCGCCGCGCCACCGCCAACAGCCGCCCUCAACACCACGGCGGAGAGCGACGACACCACACUCUCGGUCUGCCCGUCCCUGCUGCAGGAGCUGAGGGACCAGCUACAGCUGACAGCUGAUUGUGCAGCUGACAUUCUGAUUGUAUCGCAGAAGAUCCUGCAGAUGGGGACGCAUGUGGAGGAGCGCGUGGAGACGCUGGAGAACAGCUUCUGCUCGGCCGUCGAGUCCCUCUCACCGGCAGGAUCCCAGAGAGAUCUCACGCGCGCGCCGACCGGUGACGAGCUGGGACGGCUGCGGCGUCAGCUAGACCGUCUGGUGUCCGUGGAGGAGGCGGCCCUGGCCCGCACCAGACAGCUGGAGGCAGAGCUGAGCCGUUGUCGGGCCGGCCAGCAGGACCUGCUGGUCGAGCGGGAGGUGCUGCAGAAGCAGCUGACGGAGCAGCUGCUGCAGCAGUCGGCACUGCGGGCACGGCUGCAGCAGAGCCGCCUGGCGGCUGAGGUCGGCACCGAACCGGAGACGGAGUGGCGCGGUCGGCUGGCCUACCUGCAGGCAGAGCUGGACGCCGCCGCCAAACUAAUGCGCGCCAAGGAGAAACAGCUGGCUGACCUGACCUGUCAGCUGGACGAGACGCGCCGUAAGCUGAUUGCGCGGGAGUCGGAGCUGGCGCGGCUGGGCCGGGACCAGGAGAGAGCACCGCCGGCCGGCUCUCCACGCGAGGCGGCCGAGCUGCGCUCCCUGCAGGCCAGACACCGCGCCCUGCAGCUCCAGUAUCAGGAACUGCUGGCCCAGCUGCGGGAGAACAACCUGCCUGAGUUUGUGGAGCGGCUGCUGUCCGACAAGAACCAGCAGAUCGAGGACCUGGAACGGAACGUCAGGGGCCUUGCCCAGCAGUCCUCGCGCUCGCUGUCGGCCGGCGACCGGUCCGGCCAGGAGACGAGCCUGUCGGCACGGCUGCUGGCCGGCCUCUCCGGGAGCCAGCCGAGCCCGGAGGUGCUGCGUCACGCCGCCGCCUCGUCGGCCCACGAGGAGCCCAGUGACCUGUCGCGGCUCGACGUCAGCGCUCUGGCCGAGAAGACGGAGGAGCGGUCGCCGCAGCCGCCGUCGGCGCGAGCGAUGUCGCCGCCCGCGUCGGAGCACAGUUGGGACUCGGCGCCCACCGUGCCCGGCUCGGAGGCGGGCGGCGCCAGCGCCAGCGCCGGCUCCGAGCAGGCCAACAGCGCCUUCACCAGCUCCAGCGGCGACUCCAUCCAGCAGCUUAAGGCGACCCUGCGCAGGAAGAAGCAGCUGCUCAGCACACGCAAGCAGGAGCUGGAGGGACGGGGACGCAGCGAGACGUCCCUGCCCGCCGCAGACCAGUCGGCGGACAGCCAGGAGGAGACAGUCCGGCUGCAGCGGCAGUUGGAGCAGCUGCGCGGCCGGCUGGAGGUGCUGAACCCGAUCCUGGCGCGUCUCGACCAGGACUACUCCAGCGUCGCCGACUCGAUGGACGGCCAGAAGGUGGCCACGUCAGAGACCGAACUGCGUCUGCUGAAUGAGGUCAGCGAGAUACGGCAGGCCAUCGGGAAACAGGAGGCAGCUCACUGCCAGCUGGAGCAGCAGAUCCAGCAGCUGCGGCAACAGGGCGCGGAGACGUCGUCACCACAGAUGCGCUGUCUGGAGGAGCAGCUGCUGGUCACGCUGCGCGACAUGGAGAUUAACAAGCUGGACGCCUGCAGCAAGAUGCACGAGGCGUCGGCGCUGAUGGCGCGCGCCCAGCGCCAGAGUCAGCAGGAGAAGGAGCGGGCUGCAACCGAUGGCGGCUCGGAGCCGGACCCGACCUCCUCCGGCUACAUGUCCGAGCUGGCGGCGUCGUCACCGGCCUACCCGGCGGCGCCGGCCAGCGCGCGGGCCGGCUACCAGCAGGAGGCGGACAGCGUGUCGGAGAGCGAGGCUGAGUCUGCCUUCGUGUCGGGUACGGAGCGAUCGGAACCGGCGUACAGCGAGGUCGGCUCCAAGUCAUCCUGCCCCUCAUUGCUGGACGAGGUGGCCGGCCUGGCCGACAUCGACGAAGAGGUGGAGCGAUUGCGCGCGCGCAUCGGCGAUCUGGAGCGCGAGCUGGGUCACCGUGGCGACGCGCCGUCGGCAGCGGGGCCCGGCCCGUGGCGCGACCGGCUGGAGGCCGAGCGCUCGGCCUGGAGUCAGGAGCGCCAGCGGCUGCAGCAGCGGAUCGCCCGGCUCGAUGCAGAGCAGGAACGGCUGAGGCGCGGCCAGCCGCGCGCCGGCGACGGAGACGACGCGCGCCUGCAGUACGCCUACGGCCGCUUCCUGCGCGCCGAGAGCUACCGACGCGCGCUGUGCUGGCAAAAGCGCUACCUCAUGGUGCUGCUCGGCGGCUACCAGGAGACGGAGACGAUGACGCUGCAGCGCAUGACGCAGCUGACGGGCGGGGCGUUCUGGCCGGACGGCCGCCGCUUCCUGGCGCCGCUGGCCAAGUUCCGCGCCGCCGCCUGGGUGCUGAUCGCCGUCCACCGCAUGGCGUUCAUGGUGCACAGGUGGCGAGCAGGCCGACGGUCGGCCGGCGCGCUGACGGCACCGGCCGACCGGGCCGCGUCCCCCGCCGACCGGGCCGCCUCUCCCGUCUCCUCCUGCCUCUCCGCCUCCACCGCCGGCGCCCGCGCCCAGCUUGACCAGCUGGACCGCAUCGUCCGGGAUUGCAGCGCCUCGGUGCCCGACCUCAGCCAGUUCGACGCCAGGAGCGUCACCAGCGUGAGCGACGUGUGCACCGAGGACCUGGAACCGUACCUGGCGCGCUUCGACGCUCUGCUGGACCGGCAGGGCCUGCCGCCGCAGCCGGGCGGCGCGAGGUAGCCGCCCGGCGUCUCCCCCCGCCGGCGGGGCGGGCCGCUCUCGCGGGGCGGCCGGAAGUGUGCAGUCGGAGCCGGGUCUCCGUGGCCGUCCAGAGCGCGCGGCCAAAUGGGAUUACGUGGUUGCAUUUCUGCACGGGCCCGGCGCCCCGUCCUGUCCUAUUCUAGUCCGCUGUUUUGUAACCACGCGCGAUAAAUUCCAUGCCUGGCAGUGCUUGGCCCUGUGGCCACUGUGAUGGAGAGACGGGUGUGGGGUGUGCUGGGGGAAUGGUAUCUGUUGUCGCCGCGCUCCAGCGCGCUGUGGUAGUCUACGCUGUGAAAGUGCACGAAAUUCCUUAUUUUAAGUAGCAGAAAAUACAUUUACGCGAUA